ACAGAGAGAAUGGCGGCGGCGGCGGAGGAUUGGGAGGUGGUGAGGGUGAGAGUACAGAAAUGCGAAGGUUCACUGCAGCCUGAGUUCCGCUCGUUUGCUGUUGACCCCCAGAUCACCUCCUUCGAAGUCCUCCAGCAUAUCCUGAUUCGGGCUUUCGAUUUAAGCGGGAAGAAGAAUUUUGUUAUAAGCUACCUGUCUCCGGAGAAACCCAGUCAGGAGGUUUACCUGUCCUUGCAAUCGGACUGGGACCUGGAUGUGGCCUUCAGCAGUCUCUCCAAAGCCCAGCUCCAGCUCAAAGUCGACAUCAAGCCCUCCGAAGACAGCCCCCUCCUUGAAGACUGGGAUAUCAUCAGCCCGAAGGAUGUAAUCGGCUCCGACCUCCUGACACCGGAGAAACGCUCCUUCGCUGCCUCGACACAUCCUCUAACACAGUCCAUCAUCUCCCAGGUUGGUCGAACCAUCUCGAAGGUGCAGCAGGUGCUUAGCUGGUCGAGCAGUGAGGAGGCAGUGAAACCCUUUAAACCGCCCCUGAGCGACGCUGAGUUCCACACCUACCUCAACCAUGAGGGGCAGCUGUGCCGGCCCGAAGAGCUGCGCCUCCGGAUCUAUCACGGCGGCGUAGAACCCGCACUGCGCAAGGUGGUGUGGCGAUACCUGCUGAAUGUCUACCCCGACGGCCUGACGGGGCAGGAGCGGAUGGACUACAUCAAGCGCAAGACGCGGGAAUACGAGAGGCUGAAGGGUGAGUGGGCAGAGCGGGCCAGCCCCGACGACUUGGAGUUUGUGAGCGGCAUGGUGCUGAAGGACGUGCUGCGGACGGACCGGACCCACCCUUACUACGCCGGCUCGGAGGACAGCCCCCACCUCAUGGCCCUGCACGACCUCCUGAUCACCUACGCCCUGACCCACCCGCGGGUCUCCUACUGCCAGGGCAUGAGCGACAUCGCCUCGCCCAUCCUGGCGGUCAUGGACCACGAGGGCCAGGCCUACAUCUGCUUCUGCGGCAUCAUGAAACGGCUGGAGGCCAACUUCCAGAUGGACGGCGAGGUGAUGGCGGUCAAGUUCCGGCACCUCAAGCUGCUCCUGCAGCGCACCGACCCCGAGUUCUACGCCUACCUGCUGGCGCGGGGCGCCGAUGAACUCUUCUUCUGCUACCGCUGGCUGCUGCUGGAGCUGAAGCGGGAGUUUGCCUUCGAGGACGCCCUGCGGCUGCUGGAGGUGGCCUGGAGCUCCCUGCCCCCUGACCCGCCCGAGACUGAGGUGGAGCUGACCGGCGCCCCGUUGGCGCCGGCCGACACCGGCGAGGGCGGGGCCUCGCGCCACCGGCACAUGGUCCGGCCCGCCCGCGAGCUGGCGUCCGCUGCCGAGGGCACGGCGGAGGGCCGGUGGCGGGGUGGGGAGGGCCAGAGCCCCCGGCCGCCGGCCAAGCAGUCCAGCUUCGGAGAUUUCCAGUCGCACCGGAGCGGCCGGGAGGAGGAGGAGGAGGCGGAACCCCUCCUCCAACCCCCCUGCCUCCGGAGCCUGGGGGUGAAGAAAUCGGCCUCGGCCCCCACCCUGAACCCUUCAGCCGACGGACGCAGCCCCUCGCCGGACGGGGAGGCCGAGGCCGGAGGCGGGGGUCCCCCCCCCGCCAGGCGGGGACCCCCCUCGGCGCCGGCCCCCCUGCCCCCGCCCCAGGAGUUUGGCCGCGGCAACCCCUUCGCCCUCUUCCUGUGCCUGGCGGUGCUGCUGGAGCACCGCGACCACAUCGUCCGCAGCCAGAUGGACUACAAUGAGCUGGCCAUGCACUUUGACCGGCUGGUCCGCCGGCAGAACCUCAACCGGGUCCUCCACCGCGCCAAGGCCCUCUUUGCCGACUACCUGCAGUCCGAGGUGUGGGACUCCGAGGCCGGCGACGAGGCCGCUGCAGAGUCACCGGCCUCCUCAUGACUGGCAACCUCCCGGCAGAGGGGGCGUGACCCGCGACCUCUCGGCAGAGGGGGCGUGACCCGCGACCUCCCGGCAGAGGGGGCGUGACCCGUGACCUCCCGGCAGAGGGGUCGUGACCCGCGACCUCCCGGCAGAGGGGGCGUGACCCGCGACCUCCCGGCAGAGGGGGCGUGACCCGCGACCUCCCGGCAGAGGGGGCGUGACCCGCGACCUCCCGGUAGCGCUGCUUGCAGAAGGGGGAUGGGUGAGUGGGCAAAGUGCAUUAAAAACAACGGGACUUCUGCAAUCGAACCGUUCAUUACUUUUCUUUUGCCAACUACCCCCCCCCCCCCCGCCUCCAGCACGGUUCCUGAAGCCGGCAGGGGUGUGGGGGAACCGGACGCCGGCCGCUGACCAGAGCGGAGGUCACGACACUCGAGACUAUUCUCCGUGAGGAUGAAAUUUCACCCCCGACCCCCUUGUCGGCGCCGGACAGCCUCACUUUUAUUUUGUCAGAACACUAACCGCCCUCCGAGGUAACGUGCUCCCUCUCCGCCACCUGCUUGCCCUCGGCUUGGCCGCCAAGCUGCUGGGAGGCAGGCGGUUCCAGGCAACCCCCCCCCUCCCACCACCCCCAUGCCCGACCGAGUUCCCUAUCUCAGUCCAGUCGCCGCGGCAAGGCCAGCAGGAAGGGGAAAGCGGCCAAUCCGGAGCAACUGAUGGGCGUGACCCCUGACCCCCCCCCCCCCCGGCGAGCGGCCUCAAAAUUGAUUGGUGGUCCGGGUUACGUGGCCAGCCCCUCCCCCUCCCUCUCCCCCUCCCCCGCAUCAGUGGCCCAGUAUUUGGGUAAAGGAAGACAUUGGCACCCACCCAAGGGCGCUUGCUGGGUUUGGAGUCUGCUCUGGCGGUGCUUACUCCCCUCCGAAGGCGGGGCAGAUCUCUCCAAUCACGAGGCUGUGUUGCAAGAGCCACCCAGGAGGGAGAGACUAUUUAAUUUUAAUAUUUAAAUUAUGUUGCAAUGUAUAUAAUCUGUUCAAACCAGUAUUAACGUGCAGGGUUCCACGAAGGUCGUACCUUGUUUCUGAAGAUUUUGGCCCAGGAAGCGGGUUGCUCGACAACUGAAGGCUUUGGGGGUUAUUUGACAGGUGGUGGGGGAACGUCUGAUGGGGACUUUUGCAGCUUAUCCCAGUCUGAACCUGAGCUAUGCUGACCAGGAGCGUCUUGGGUGGUUGCUUCAUGGGACCAGGGGGGUGUGGGGGAGGGGGUGCAGGGACCCAUCACCCAGGGACGAUGCACCUUGCAGUCCAAUAGCUGCAAUCCACCCCACCUGGCUGAACCCAGUCCUGCCCCCGUUGGGACAACAGCAGUUGCGUCACUGAUCCCUGCACCUCCCUUACGCUCUGCUUUCCCCCUCCUCCCAUUUCUCACCCUCCCUCCCCUUCCUCUCCCACUUGACCCCCAGUCACUUUCUCCCUCGCCCCGUCCUCGCCCGCCCCCC